AUGUAUAAAUCACGUUCGAAUUAUUGUUCAAGUGGUCACAUUGAUAAGCGUGGCAGUAAUUUGCCUCUCGCCAGAAACAAAAGACGCAAGACAAACAUAAAUCACAGGGGUUUUAUUCAAAACUUACUGGCAAUGAAACAAAGACGACGCAACAAUAACAACAACUCGUAUAGGAAAAACAGCUGCAGUCCAAAUUGUGUGAAAGGCUUCAAUUCCCGCUUUAACGACGACUACUAUCCACCGCGGAACAACUACGCUUACAAUAAUAAUAACAACGGAAAUUGGAACAACAACAGCAAUUGGAAAACUAAUUGGAACGAUAACUCGAUAAUACAUUGGACACCCAAAUCGAAUUGUAACGGUAACAACAACAGCAGCAACAACAACAACGCCAACAAUAAAUAUCGUUUUGAACGUCGUAAUUCAGCAACCGCCAGGAACUUUGCCAACGAUGUUGAUGUGAGGAAUUUUGAAAUAUCCAACAGAGAAUUCGCAAAUGAUUACAACAACAGCAACAACAAUAGUCGAGACUCCUGUUAUAGACGUUCGAAUUCUACAACACCACCUUUGAGAACCAACAAAAGUUCCGUCGAUCGUACUUCGGAAAAAGAAGAAAAGAGAAUUGCGGGAAAAGUCGAGAAGAAACGAAUUGGAAAAGCUGAUAGGCGUAGAAUAUUAAAUGAUUCGCGCGAAAAACUGAAAAACACAAAGGAUUCGGAUUUGUUAAAUGAAAAUUUAGAUAAAAAAUCGGAACAUUUAGAUUUACCAAAAGAAAAUCAAGAUACCAAAUCAACAAUAAAUUUAAAAGAAAAUCUUGAUAGCAAAUCGGAUAGUACUCCCACUUCUUCAAAGAAGAAAUCGGAGAGUGCAAAGAAACCCAAAGUUUCACCCAAGGCCUUGAAAAAAGAGGCCUCCUUGGGUAUUAAUAAAGUAAAACCACCUCUUAACAAGGCUGCCGUGAAAAGGUCUAACCUAAAGCAGCCUAUUAAAACGAAACCACCACCUGCCAAGAAAAUCUCCAAACCGAAAUUAAAUAAAAAUUCAGAAAUUGGUAAAACCACAAUUGCUGUGGCCGAUACCACACAAAGAGAUAACUCGCCGGAUUCAAGCUCAACACAAAUUGCAAAUUCCAAGGGUGUAUGUGACAACAAAGAAUCGGAUUCAAAGUCGGAUGAAAAGGCUGACGAUUUAGAGGCCAAUGAAGCGGAAUCAAAUUCACAAGAAAUCGAUAAUCACAUAGAAAAGGAGACCAAGGAAGGUGAAAAAGAAGCAGUGGAAAAUUGUGUUUACCCAGCUUCCUAA